GCUGAUUUCCUCUGACACUCAUUAAUCCUGCUGGGCCCCACUCUAGCGAACAAAAUGUCCGUCACAGUAUCCACCCAAGAUGCCACUACUGGGGAACGCAAAGUCCUAGGUCUCGUAUACCAGGACAGCCAUGUCCUCAUUCCCAAACCUCAAACAUAUGAGAACCUCGAACAACGCGCGCGCCAGAUAUUCAAUCUCGACUCCGAAGACGCAGGCACACAAGAGGUCUCUUUCUACGCGAUGGAUCUCGAUAUCUGUCCGGGAAAGAAGAUGAUGUUACAUCCGGACGUAUGGGUGCACGUGGGAAGUGUUAUGUGCUUGGUGCAUGUUCAAGUCGACGAGUCCCAGUCGGCCGCCGCUGAGGCUAUCAGGGAAGGAGAGAUGGAAGAGGAGGCGGUGUCGCGCGUACUGAAUGAGGAGGAUGAAGAGAUGGAUGAGGAACCCGACGAUAAAACCUCCCAGACUGAACUUCCGCCAAAGAGCGAGCCCGCCUCAUCUACAGUAAAGGCUUCGCCUGGCGCAUCGAGUCCUGCUAUGGAUGGUGAAUGGUCACGUUCGAAGCAAGAGAGCCAAUCUCGAAGAACCAUGCACGAAAGGCAAGAAGGUUCUCAGCGAGUUCAAAGCUCCAGCGCCCUUCGCACCGACGAUACGCACCUUGAUCGUCCAUUGAAAACGGGGCUUAAACGAGGGGCGGAGGCGCUCUUCGAGGAACCGCUUUCCCGAUCGCAAACCCAGUCCCAGCCGCAAACCCAGUCCUCCCGGCGCUCUCAGCCCCAGUCGCAGUCUCAGUCGCAGUCGCAGCAACUCACCCAAUCUCAAGCGGCCCAGGGGCUGUUCCCGGAAGACGAGAACAAGAAGCUCGUUAUUACCGUCACGCACCCGCCGUCGCAUCAGACCGCACCAUUCAAGGCCAAGGCUCAGACAAAGGUCGGCAAGGUCAUCGCGGGCGUAUGCAAGUCGUUCGGACUUGAUGCUACUAUGGCCCGGCUACACAUGAUCAUCCGCGCAGACGGCGACGAAGAGGCGUACUCGUUCAAGUGCAGCAGGGAGGAUACGAUGGCGGAAGCGGGCGCGAAGGACGAAGCAAGGUUCAUCAUUACUGUCCAGGGCGACCCUGACCAUUGA